UUAACCCUGAGCCGCCAUUGGCCUCUGUAACUGCUAUUUCUGCAGUUUGUGCGUUUUUCUGUAAGUUUUCAUUGAUAAUUUGUGGAAUUUUGGUUCAGUUUCGAGUGACUGCAAUGGCAGAUGAGGAGAAUUUAACUGUUAAUGAAGAGUUGAUUCCGAAGCCGAGGCACAAGGGAAAACAUGACAAACCAAAGCCAUGGGAUGAUGAAAGCAUCGAUCAUUGGAAGAUUGAGAAGUUUGAUCCUUCCUGGAACCAGAGUGGAUUGCUUGAAGUCAGUUCGUUUUCAACUCUAUUCCCUCAGUACAGAGAGAAAUAUUUGCAAGAGUGUUGGCCUACUGUAAAAGGUGCCUUGAAAGAGCAUGGAAUUGCCUGCGAACUUAACUUGGUUGAAGGAUCUAUGACAGUUUCUACUACUAUGAAGACGAGGGAUCCCUAUAUUAUUGUAAAAGCUAGGGAUUUGAUAAAACUUUUGUCAAGAAGUGUUCCUGCACCUCAGGCUGUCAAAAUCCUGAAUGAUGAGAUGCAAUGUGACAUAAUCAAGAUCGGCAACAUGGUUCGCAACAAGGAGCGCUUUGUUAAACGCAGACAAUAUCUUGUGGGUCCCAAUUCGUCAACUUUAAAGGCCCUGGAAAUUUUGACCGGCUGCUAUAUCCUUGUCCAGGGAAACACAGUUGCUGCUAUGGGUUCCUUUAAAGGUCUAAAGCAAGCGAGGAGGGUUAUAGAGGACUGCAUAUUGAACAAGAUGCAUCCGCUACAUCAUAUCAAGAUCCUCAUGCUGAAGAGAGAGCUUGCAAAAAAUCCAGCUCUGGCUAGUGAGAACUGGGACAGAUUUCUUCCGCAAUUUAAGAAGAAGAACGUUAAACAGAAGAAAGUUCAGAGCAAAGAAAAGAAACCAUAUACGCCUUUCCCACCUCCUCAGCCACCUAGCAAGAUUGAUCAACAACUGGAAAGUGGUGAAUACUUCUUAAGUGACAAGAAGAAGAUGGCAAAGCAGUGGGAAGAGAAGCAAGUCAAACAGGCUGAGAAGGUUGCUGAAAACAAGAAAAAACGAGAAGAAGCUUUUGUUCCACCUGAGGAACCAAAAACACAUAACCAAGAUGUGUCCAACGUGGAUAAAGAUGAUGUCACUGCUAUGGCAUCGUCAUUGAAGAGAAAAGCAAAGGAGUUCAGGAAGCAAAAAUCAAUUGAUAAGAUCAACGCUGAGGAAUUUAUUGCAGGUCCUAGCAAAUCAUCUAAAAAGAAAUCGAAGAGCUCUAGAUAAGUAGUAGUCUCAUGGGAAAAGAUUGUUAUUGGCCAUUGGCGAUUAUGAUUGCUGAAGAAAAUCUGUAAAAAUUGCUGUCUUGUCACUGUUGUAUCUUCCAUUCAGCAGCCAUAUUGAUGUUAAAAUUCUAGAGGACCUUCCCUUCCAUGCCAUCAGCACGACGAUCAGCUAGUCCUUGUAUCUGGCAUUUUUGGAAACGGGGAAAACACUCUUUUUUCCCCCUUUAGUUGUGAUGAUGGGCGAAGUCCAUAGUGUUGUUGCUUUGUGUACCAUACUGAUUGAUCGCGUUUGCUUUGUGUCACAAGUAAUCUAAACAGACUGAUCAAUUAGAGUAUUUAUUUCGUGUUUAAUCAUCAUCUCA